UCGCGCGUGCGCGCGUGGUUGUGCGCGCGCCCUGCUGAGGGAAUUGGCACGUGGCAUCAUGAAAACCCUGAAGAGAGCGGAUUUUGAGAAGAGGACCAGCAGCCGGGAGGAGGUGGCCGCCCUGCUUUUGGACCUGAAGGAGCUGCUGUCCGCCCCCGAUGCCCGGGCCCCGGAGCAGCGGCAGGCCUGCGAUGCCACCCUGCGGGCCUGCAACCAGCAAGUAGCCACCGGGCCGGGCCCCCCGGCCCACCUGCCCGGCCUCCUGGACCUGGCGGAGCUGGCCACGCGCGGCUACCUGGAUGCCACCCCGCGACGGGCACCCCUCUACCUGGAGCGCAUCCUGGCCGUCCUGCUGGGCAACGUGGCCGCCCGCGGGGCCCCCGAGGCCGCCCUGCGCGUGGCCGGGCCCCUGCACGCCUGCCUGGCGCGGAGCGGCCCCUCGCCCGCGGACCCCCGGGACCUGGGCGCCGUGGUCCGCACCACGUUCUGCGUCCUGUGGAAGGCGGCGGAGGCCCUCGGGGGGCGGCGGGCCGCCUGCUCCGCCCGCCUGCGGGCCGCGGCUUUCCUGGCCCUCCUGGAGGACCCCGGGCACCCGCCCCCGUUCGCCUCCCCGGCGGCCUGCCAGGCGGCGGCGGCCUGCCGGCUGUUCGACCACCCGCCCGGCGGCCCCCCGACCCGCGAGGACGCCCGCUUCCUCAGCCGGGAGCUGGCGGGCUGCCUGGAGGCGGCGGCGGCGGCAGCGAGCGGGGAUGGGGCCCCGCUGUCCCGGCCCCGCGCCCUGUGCCUGCUGGAGCUGACGCUGGAGCGCUGCCACCGACUGUGCCGCGCCGGCUGCUUCCCGGAGGCGGGCGAGGCGGCGGAGGAGCCCCGCGCCCGGCUGGAGGAGGCCGGGCUGGGCGCCGGCGGGCGGCUGUGCCAGCUGGGCGUCGAGCUGCACCGGGACCGGGCGCGGGGCGGCCAGACGCUGGGGCGGGCGGCCGCCGAGCUCCGCGGGGCCCUGGCCGCCCCCGUGCCCCCGCUCUGGGCCCUGGCUGCCAGCGGCCAGUUCCUGCUGUCGGCCCUGGAGGGGGGUGCCCGCCGGGCACCGGACACGGCCGUCGGCCUCUCGGCCUUCCUGGGCCAGUAUUGCCCUCUGCUUCGCCGCCUGAGGGGAAGCGUCGCGGCCGACCUUCCCAGGCAGCGGCAGGCGCUGACCCAGAUGCACUUCCACGGGCUCCAGCUGUUCACCAGCGUCGUCUACGACGUGUUCCACGGCGAGGCGGGGGCGUCCGGCCUGGGCCCCGAGCCCGCCCCGGCCGAGCUGGCCGGGCUGGAGGAGCCCUGCCGCCGCGCCGUGCUCUGGAUGCUCGAGGCCCUGGAGGGCCUCGCGGGGACCGAGGAGGAGGAGGAGAAUCUCACCGUGGCAGUGUCCUGCGCCAGCAAUCUGGCGUACGGCUUCUACAGCCGCAAGCUGUACGCCCAGGCCGCCGCCAUCCUGGAGCCCCUGUGCCAGCGGCUGAGCGCCACGGAGCCCGGCCCGGCCCCCGUGGUGGCAGCGGAGAAGCUGCACAGGUGUUUCCGGCUGCAAGUGGAGAGCCUGAGGAAGCUGGAGCGGGGCGGCGUGGGCGCGGCGGCGGAGGCCGUGACCUCGUGGCUGGCGGCCCUGCGGCCCCACGGCCCCGGCCACGCGGCCGAGCCCGUCGCCCUCUGGGCCCGCGUCAAGGUGGACGCCGCCAAGGCCGGCCUGGAGGAGCUGCAGCUGAAGACCCUGCGGGACGCCCUGCCCGGCUGGAGCCCCGAGACCCUGGCCGUCCUGCUGGCCGAGGAGCUGCGGGCCUACAAGGGGGUGCGGGCGGACACCGGGCGGGAGCGCUUCAACGUCAUCUGCGACCUGCUGGAGCUGUGCCCGGCCGAGGGGCCCGCCGCCCGCCAGGCCCGCGCCGUCCACCUGCUGGAGCUGGCGCAGGUGCUCUGCUACAACCACCUGGCCCGGCAGACCGACUGCACGGCCCUGGACGCGGUGCGGGAAGCCCUGGCACUGCUGGAGGCGGUGGCGGCGGCAUCGGCGGCCGUGCCCGCGGACUCGGCCCGACUCCGGGAUGACCAGGCCCGGGCCCUCCUCUGGCUCCACAUCUGCUCGCUGGAGGCCAAGAUGAAGAAGGGCACCGAGCAGGACCGCGGCGCCCGGGGCCGGCCCGGGCUGGACGAGUUCGAAGCCAACGACCUCAACUACGAAGACCGGGUCCAGGACGACUGCUUCCUGCACGGCGGCAUCGCCUUCAACCUGCUCGGCGACGCCGCUCAGUCGAAGAGCCUGGACCAGGCCCUGGCCCUGUGGCAGUCGAUCCUGAGCGAGCCCGGCCCUCCGGCCGUGCGCUGCCCGAAGCAGACGGCCGGCUCCCUGCAGGUCCUGGGUGCCCUGUACUGCCUGGCCAACAAGCCCCUGCGGGCCCUGGAGGCGUUCGGCCUGCUCCGGCGGCUCUCGGAGGCCACGGGAGACCCCGCCGGGGCGGCCGCCGCCUCCUGCCACGCCGCCCGGCUCCUCCUCCUCCUGGACUGCCCCGGCUACGCCCAGCGCUCCCUGGAAGAGGCGGAGUCGAGCCUGAAGCGCGUCGACCCCGCCGCCGACUGCUCCCUGCUGCUCGCCCAGACCUGCGCCCUGCUCCGCAGCUGGCUCUGCUACGCCACGGGAAAGGUGCCCGAGGGGCAGGCCCUGCUGCUGGGCGUCCUGCGCCACCCGGCCCUGCGGCGCCCGUCGAAGCCGUGGUACCUGCUCCGCGCCCAGACGCUGCAGCUGCUGGCCCGCUACCUGGCCCUCCCGCCCCACGGCCUCGCCGAGGACCUGUGGGAAGAGCUCUGCGCCCAAGGCUGGCAGAGCCCGGAGACCGCCCUGACCGACUCCCACAAGCUCCUCCGCAGCAUCGUCGUCCUCCUCGUGGGCAGCGACCCGUUCUCGCCCGGCCGGGGGGCCCCGGAGGCCCCCUUCCUGGACUUCGGCGACAACCUGUGGCAGAAGUGGCAGGUCCUGUCGGAGGUGUUGGCCUGCUCCGAGCAACUGGUGGGGCUGCUCACCCGGCUGGGCAGCGCCAGCGAGGCCAAGGCUUUCUGCCUGGAGGCGCUCAAACUGACCAUGAAGCUGCAGACCCUACGGUGGUGUGCCCUGUUCCUGGUGCUCAAGGCGGAGCUGGAGCUGACGAGGGGCGACGUCGACCUCGGCCAGGCGGACCUGCAGCAAGUCCUCUUCCUCCUCGAAUCCUGCACAGAGUUCGAAAGGGCAGAGUCGCCGUCGGGCAAGGGGCCGCGGGCCGUCCGCCCCGAGAAGGGGCAGUGGCAGCCCCGGACCCCCGCCGGCCCGCGGCCCCCGCCGGAGGAGGAGCCGCCGUUCCUCACGGGGCCGGCCCUGGACCUGGUGGCCACCGUGGCCGCCCAGCCCUCGUCCUCCCAGCCGUCCUCCCCGGCGCUGAAGGCCCGGCCCCGCGCCCGCCCCGGCUUCCUCUCCCACCCGCCCGCCUGCGGCUGCGCCCUGUGCGGCGACCCCGCGCUCUCCGCCGUCUGCCUGCGCUGGGCCCUGGCGGCGGGCCGGGCCCAGCUGGCCCUCGGCCACCGGACGGAAGGGGCGGCCCUGCUGCGGGGCGGGCUGGAGGGCUGCCCGGCGGCGGCGGGGCGGCUGGGCGAGGCCCUGCGGGCCUCCGUGGGCGCCCCCGCCGACCCCCCGCCCGCCCCCGGGCCGCUGGAGGAGGUGGCGGCGGAGGCCUACGCGCUGCUGGCGCUGGACGGGGCGGGCCGGGCCCCGGGCCCGGAGCUGGGGCGGCUCUUGGAGGCCGGGCUGGACCUCGUGGAGGCGCGGGGCCCCCGGUUGGCACCCUGGCACGCCGCCCUGCUCCUGGCCCGGGCCCUGGCCGCCCUCUCGGCCCGCGGCCGCUCCCCGGCCCGGCUCUUCGCCGCAGCCUGGGCUUGGUGCCCGGCGGCCCCGCGGCCCCCGAAGAGCGGCUCUCACCCUCCCCGGGUCCCCCGAGGCCAGCGAGGGGCGGCGGCCCCUCCCCGGGGAGACCCCCCGCUCCCGGAGGACGCGGAGGGCACCGGCCUCGGGCGGCCCAGCGUGGCCUGCACCCCCCGGGGCCCGGGCCGGACCAGGCCGGGCAGUGCCCGCGCCCCCUUCGCCGUCUUCGACGAGAACAGUCCCCCGGGGCCCCUCCCCGGGGCCCCCCGGCCGGGCCGGAGAGUCCAGUCCCGCCUCAAGGUGAUCUUCAGCGACGACAGCGACCUGGAAGACCCGUCCCCGCCGCCCGCGGCCGAAGCCAAGAGAUCGGGGGGCCGAGGCCGGGGCGGCGGGGGGGCCCCACGGGCCGGCCGGAAGGCGGCCGGACGAGGUCCCCGGCCCCGCCGCGGCGGGACGGGCCCGGAGCGGCCCACCCCCAGGCCCGCCCGGCGUCGCCCCGGCCCCGCCGUGGAAACGACGCGAAGCUCGCCGCGGCGGCGGGACCUACCGGACCUGAGCCUCGAGACCCUCCGGGCCUCCGACGGGGACGGGGACAGCCCGGGCCCGCCGCGCCGGGGCUCCGCCGCCGCCGCCAGCGGGGGGCUGGAGGUCCUGAGACGCGACCCCGGCCCGGCCCCGGCCCCCCGCCCCGAGAGGCCGAGCCGACGAGACGUCUCCGACCUCCGCCCGGCCCCCGCUACCGUCGGGACCCGUUUCGGGGUCCGGGGGGUGGACUCGGAGGCCCGCCGUCAUCACGGGGCGCUGCCCUGGCGAAGGGUCUGGGCCCAGGCCUCCGACCGCCGCCGUUUUCUCCCCCGUCUGGGCCCAGACCUCUCCACCCUGGACUCGGUGGCCGCCUCGCUGGCGGUCGCCUUCCGCUGCGUCAGCCGCUGCCCCCCGAGCGGGCUGUACGGCCACCUGUGCCGCCUGCUGGCCCUCUGCCUGGGCCACCGGGACCCCGCCGUCACCGCCUUCCUGGUGGCCGAGUCCGUGGCGGUCACCCUGCGCCACCAGCUCCUGGUCCACCUGCACCGCCAACUCCACAAGACCCGGAAGCAGCGGGCGGCGGGCGCGGACGUGGCCGAGCAGCUGAAGGCCCUGAGCCUGCGGGAGGAAGAGGAGGAGGCGGCCGGAGCCGGCCGGCCCCCCCUCGCCCGCCUCCAGCGCCUGUUCGGCUUCGGGCCGGCCGGCCCGCGCCCCUUCCCCGGGCCCGAGGCCGAGGCCUUCCGCCGGCGCCUGGCCCAGAUGCCCGCGGGCGUGACGGUGUGCGUGCUGGCGGCCUGCGGGCUGCAGCCGGGCGCCCCGGGGGACGGCCUGCUCCUCACCCGCCUGGAACGCGACCGGGACCCGCUCACCGUCCACAUCCCCACCGACCUGGGCCAGCUUUCCCUGAGCGCUGCCCUGGCGGAGUUUGAGGCCAUCCAGAAGGAGCAGAAGGAGAACAGCACCUGCACCGACAAGUGCCAGUGGUGGACGGGACGCCUGGAGCUCAACCGCAGGAUGGAGGUCCUGAUCGGGUCGCUGGAGAAGCACGUGCUGGGCUGCUGGCGGGGGCUGCUGCUGCCACGCUCUGAGGACCCCGGCCCGGCCCAGGAGGCCGCCGGGCUGCGGGGGCCCCUGCGGGACUGCGGUUGGACCCAGCCGGACGUCGCCCUGCUGCAGGCCGCGCUGGGCGGUGCCCACGCCCUCACCCCCCCGGACGUGCGCUCCCUGGCCCGGGGCCUCUGCCCGGCCCAGCCCGAGCGGGCGGAGGAGCUGCUGCGGGAGGCCGUGGACCGGCUGCGGGGCCGCACGGCCCCCCGCGCUGGCCACUUAGUGCUCGUGCUGGACAAGCAUCUUCAGAAGCUGCCGUGGGAGACCACCCCCAGCCUGCGGGCCCUGCCCGUCACGCGCCUGCCCUCGCUCCGCUUCCUGCUCAGCUACGGGCUCCCGCGAGAGGCGCGGGCCCCGUCGGUGCUGGAGGAAGGCGUGGACCCCCGCAGCGCCUACUACGUCCUCAACCCCCACAACAACCUGGCCGGUACCGAGGAGAAGUUCCGGGAGCACUUCCGCAGCGAGGCAGGCUGGCAGGGGGUAGUGGGGCAGGUCCCCAGCCCGGAGCAGCUGCAGGCGGCCCUGACGGAGCACGACCUGUACAUCUACGCGGGGCACGGGGCCGGCGCCCGCUUCCUGGACGGGCAGACGAUCCUGCGGCUGGACUGCCGCGCCGUGGCCCUGCUCUUCGGCUGCAGCAGCGCGGCCCUGGCCGUACGCGGGGACCUGGACGCCGCCGGCAUCCUGCUCAAGUACCUCAUGGCCGGAUGCCCCCUGUUCCUGGGAAACCUGUGGGACGUGACGGAUCGGGAUAUCGACCGCUACACGGAGGCCUUGCUGCGGGGCUGGCUGGGGGCGGGCGGCGGAGCCCCCCUGCUGCACCACGUGGCCCAGGCCCGCCAGGCCCCCCGCCUCAAGCACCUCAUCGGCGCGGCCCCCGUCGUCUACGGACUCCCCGUCUGCCUGCGGUGACCCCCCCGC